AGGUCGCGCCGGUGUGGCGCGCCACUCGACUUGCAGGUUCCUUCCGAACGCGCAGGGUCGCGCUCCCUUCUGGGUCACCCUUCCCUCUCGCUCUUGACAGCUCGGCUGACUCCUGCUCACCCUUCAGAACCCACUUCUGGCCGCGUCUUGCUUGUCACCUGCCUUCGUCUGUGGCCUCAGGCGCAGAUCGUGCUUGAAGUUUAACCUGCCCACGCCAGAGCCGACCAAGGCUGGGCAGGGUGGCUCGCCGGAAAGUGGCCGCCAUGGCUUCCUUAGUGGCGUAUGAGGAUUCGGACUCGGAGGCCGAGCCCCAGCCUGCGCCUACGGGAGGUUCCGAUGCUGUUGGCCGGAUGACUGAGGCAGGGGAGGGGGUGCGGCCUCGCGGGCAGGAUCCUGCAGCUGGUGUCCUGGACGAGACGCCCGCGGGGGCACAGCCCAUGAAGCCUGCGCCCUGUGGGGCCCCUGACGGCCGUGAUCUUCGCCUCCCGUCGGCUCGCCUGGGGAGGAGCGAUGCAGGGUCCUGCCCCAGCCGGAGGCUGCAGUGGCCCAGGAUGGAGCCUGAGCCCGUCCUCUCCCCCCACGAGCCUGCCCGCCCGUCCCUGGGGGCUGGCUACCCUCCACCUGGCCUCGGGCCCCCCGUGGCGGCCUGCUUUAAGCCUGUCAGACUCUCCCGGGAGAUGGAGCCUUCGCUCUGCGCUCAAACCAAAUCUGAACCCCCAGGGAAACACGUCAGCUCCUCUCAGAGGAAGAGGUGUGAGGACUGCAUCGUGCCCUACACCCCCAAAAGACUAAGGCGGCUACCAGCACUCAGCAUGGAGACGGGCAAGAGGCAAGAGGCCGAGGCCCAGGGCCCCUCUGCAGGGCGCGUGCGGGCCCCGGCCCCCCUCUCCGUGCCCCCCAGAGCGUCAGCGUUUAUCCAGCCGUAUCUGGACAGUCCGUAUAAGGAAACUGUGAUCUCCAAGAGGGUGCUUUUCCACUUACGGGGCCACCGGGGCCCCAUCAACAGCAUUCAGUGGUGUCCCGUCCUUUCUAAGAGUCACAUGCUUCUCUCAACUUCCAUGGACAAGACCUUCAAGGUGUGGAACGCCGUGGACUCAGGGAGCUGCCUGCAGACCUACCACCUGCACAGCGAGGCGGUGCGGGCCGCCCGCUGGUCCCCCUGCGGCCGGCGCAUCCUCAGCGGCGGCUUCGACUCCACCCUGCGCCUGACAGACCUCGAGACAGGAACGCAGCUGCUCAGUGGUCAGAGUGACUUCAGAGUCACUGCGUUGAAGUUCCACCCGCAGGACCACAGCGUCUUCCUGUGUGGUGGCUUCAGCUCCGAGGUCAGAGCGUGGGACGUGAGGGUCGGCAAGGUGGUGAAAAGCUACAAGGCCACGAUUCAGCAGACCCUGGACAUCCUCUUCCUCCAGGGGGGCUCCGAGUUUCUCAGCAGCACAGACGCCUCGAGCCGCGACUCCGCUGACCGCACCAUCAUCGCCUGGGAUUUCCGGAGCUCCGCCAAGAUCUCCAACCAGAUUUUCCACGAGAGGUACACCUGCCCCAGCCUCGCCUUGCACCCGCGGGAGCCCGUGUUCCUGGCGCAGACCAACGGCAACUACCUGGCCCUCUUCUCGGCGGUGUGGCCCUACCGCAUGAGCAGGCGGCGGCGCUACGAGGGCCACAAGGUGGAAGGCUACUCCGUGGGCUGCGAGUGCUCCCCCGACGGCGACCUGCUGGUGACGGGCAGCGCAGACGGCCGGGCGCUGCUCUACACCUUCCGCACGGCCAGCCGGGCGCGCACGCUGCACUCACACACCCAGGCCUGCGUGGGCACCGCCUUCCACCCCGUGCUGCCCUCCGUCCUGGCCACCAGCUCCUGGGAGGGCGACAUGAAGAUCUGGCACUGAGACCCCGCCAGCCCUUGCUCCUCCCGCCGGUGGGGUCAGCAUGCGGCCGGCCGGGGCCAGGCCUGUGGGAGCUGCCGCCCGCCCUCUGGCCUCCGUUUCCUCAUCUGUAAAAUGGGGACAGAUAUGCAUUUGUCUGAGGGUUGUGAGCCCUGCGGGGUGAGAGCACCCGGAGGGGCCCGGGCGCCCAAUAAACACGUUUGCUACUUCUGGGAUCAUCUCAGUGACAAGUUUGUGUGACAGCUGCAUCUGCCCCCCUGUUCCGGGGACA